GCAGAUGGGAAGGUAUGCUUUUUCUUCAUCUGUUGUCGUGAUUUCUGGGUAUAAUUUUUCGGUCAUUCUCGCUACCUCUAAGAUAAGUUCGAGGCUGGCUGGCUGCCUACGCGCCGCAUGUCCUCCUUUGGCAGCUGAGGCGGUGCUGGAAGGCUGCGAGGGCUUUGGUCUUCUCACAUACACGGAAGAUGAAUGA